CUCUUCCUCCUCUUCCUCCUGUUGCCAGCAGCUCUCUCUCUCUGAGGUUAGCAGGCUAAUGAAAAGUGCUAACGACAGAGAGCCCACUACUGGCUGUCCCGACUGCCGAGGCUGGCAGGCAGAGGCGACAGGGAAGGACGGGACCGACGGGUUUAUGGUGGAAAUACCGAGAGAACUCCACAAACUCGGACGGACACGAAGGGAAUACAAGUUCUAACUUGGGUUCGGAUCCUCAAACGGACCUUUAAACGAUCAAUGUUAGCUGGAAGUUUCCGAGAGGAUCUGUGACGAGACUUAUCCACGGGAAGCUAACGUUAGCUUCAGAGCUCAAUUCAGGAUCUGUUUUAUUGUAAUCAGCGAGGUUUUAAAGCUGGUUAUUACUCCCUAGAAUGUGUGAUACAUAUUUAUAAAGUCCUGUUUCAUGUUGUCAACUUUAACACAGAGUAGAUCUCCUCUGUAAGCUGACUGACUGACGCUGUUGAAGCUAACUUCGGAUCUAAAACUAGCUUGAAAUGCUACAACUCUUUCCACGUCAGCUCCCUGUGUCCUCACAGAUCUACCUGCUGUGUUAUGUUCAGGUGAUUUAACUUGCUGUGAGAGGAUGGAUGUUUGUUUUUACACACUUCACGUUGAUUUCCUGGAUAUGCAAAUCAUCGAAUCGGCAGCAUUUUUUACUGCUAGCGUGCUAACGUUGUGUUAGCCGGCCAAACUUGGAGUCCUGCCUCUCUGCUCCCUGUCUGUGGGUUUCUCUGUGAGGCCUUCAGGAUCCCUUUUUAUCCCUCUUCUUCUUCUUCACAGCCUUAAUGCAUCCCAGACUCUGGAUGGAAUUUACAUGCUCAGAUUGACUCUGGAUACUUGUGGGACUUAUUAUAUUGGAGUACCUGGACUUUGUUGACGCUCACCUGACACCUCAAAAUAACCUGGACUUCUUUGGCAUCUGGAUUAAAACCAUUUUUCCAAGAUGAUGUGCGAGGUGAUGCCCACCAUCAGCGAGGCCGAAGGGCCCGGCGGGGGAGGCGGCGGCGGCCGUCGCGGCUCCGGCUCCCCGCUGCAGUCGGACUCGGAGGGUCACUUCGAGUCGCUGAUGGUGUCCAUGCUGGAGGAGAGGGAUCGCCUUCUCGACACGCUGAGGGAGUCUCAGGAGAAUCUGGGCCUCACUCAGGGCAAGCUGCACGAAGUCAGCCAUGAAAGGGACUCGCUGCAGAGACAGCUGAACACCGCUCUGCCACAGGAGUUUGCUGCUCUAACGAAGGAGGUGAACGUGUGCCGGGAGCAUCUUCUGGAGAAGGAGGAGGAGAUCGCUGAGCUGAAGGCUGAGAGGAACAACACACGGCUCCUCUUGGAGCAUCUGGAGUGCCUGGUGUCUCGCCACGAGCGGAGUCUGAGGAUGACGGUGGUGAAGAGGCAGGCUCAGUCUCCAGCCGGCGUGUCGAGCGAGGUGGAGGUCCUCAAAGCCCUAAAGUCACUUUUUGAACACCACAAAGCCCUCGAUGAGAAGGUGAGGGAGCGACUACGUGUUGCCUUGGAAAGAUGCAGUGCAUUGGAGGAGCAGCUCACCAUGUCGCACAAAGAAUUGGCUUACCUCAGGGAGCAGAGCAGCAUGAAGAGAGGGCUGGCAGAUGGAACGAGCGAGGUCAACCACAACUCUGAAAACACGCCGAGCACUAACGGCAAGCGGUCCUCGGACGGUUCCCUGAGUCAGGAGGAGGAGUCGGGGCUCGGGUUCGGGAAGGUUGGUGAGCUGCAGGACGUGGUGGAACGUCAGACGGCCGAUCUUGGCCAGAUGAAGGAGCGCAUGGCCUCUAUGGGUUCACGCAUCAACGAGCUGGAGGAGGACCUGGACACGGCCAGGAAGGACCUCAUCAAGUCUGAGGACAUGAACACGCGGUUACAACGAGACCUGAGAGAGUCGAUGGCUCAGAAAGAGGACAUGGAGGAGAGGAUCACCACCUUGGAGAAGCGCUACCUGGCAGCUCAGCGGGAGGCUACCUCCGUCCACGACCUGAACGACAAGCUGGAGAACGAAGUGGCCAACAAGGAGUCCCACUUAAGACAAACUGAGGACAGAAGCCGGCAGCUCCAAGAGAAACUGGAGCUGGCUGAGCAGAAGCUGCAGCAGACCAUCCGCAAGGCCGAGACUCUGCCUGAGGUGGAGGCUGAGCUGGCCCAGAGGGUAGCGGCCCUCACAAAGGCGGAGGAGCGGCAUGGUAAUGUGGAGGAGAGGCUGAGGCAGAUGGAGGCUCAGCUGGAGGAGAAGAACCAGGAGCUGCUCAGGGCACGGCAGAGAGAGAAGAUGAACGAGGAGCACAACAAGCGUCUGUCCGAGACGGUGGACAAACUCCUCUCAGAGUCCAACGAGAGACUCCAGCUUCACCUCAAGGAGAGGAUGUCCGCUCUGGAGGAUAAGAAUUCCCUCAUUAGAGAACUGGAUCACACCAAGAAGCUGAUCGAGGACUCUCAUCAUGAGAAGGAGCAGCUCCUGAUCCAGAUUGAGACCAUGAGGGCGGAGAGCGAGCAGGGUCGAAGCAGGAGUAACUCCUUACUACACGGACGCUCUCAGAUGGGCAGCACUCCAGAUUUCAGGUAUCCAGUAUCCGCCUCCUCCAUGAUGGACAGUAACUCCGACCACUACGGCAGCGCUCUGGUGCUGAGGCGGCCUCAGAAGGGACGCAUGGCAGCGCUGCGGGACGAGCCAUCCAAGGUCAGCUCAGAUACUGAUGCAGUGGUGCAGACUUUGAAUGAGCAGGAGUGGGAGCGUAUGCAGCAGGCCAACGUGCUGGCUAACGUGGCCCAGGCCUUCGAGAGCGAUAUGGACGCUUCAGACCUGGAGGAGGACCGAGAGACUAUGUUCAGCUCGGUGGACUUGCUGUCCCCUGGUGGCCAGGCGGACGCACAGACCCUCGCCUUAAUGCUGCAGGAGCAGCUGGACGCCAUCAAUAAUGAAAUCAGAAUGAUCCAAGAGGAGAAGGAGAGCACCGCCAUCCGAGCAGAGGAGAUCGAGUGCAGGGUGGGCAGCGGUGAAAGUUUAGGAGGACGUUUCAGAUCGAUGAGCUCCAUCCCUCCGUCGCUGUGUGCGGGAUCCUCAUUGGGGGGCUCUCCUCCUGGCUCAGGACACUCAACCCCCAGACGAGUUCCCCGCAGCCCCAACAGAGAACUGGACCGCAUGGGUGUCAUGACCUUGCCUAGUGACCUGCGCAAGCACCGCAGGAAGUCGGCUCAGGACGACAAGGCCACAAUCCGAUGUGAGACGUCGCCCCCCACCACUCCACGCUCCAUGCGCCUAAACAGGGACGCGGGCCAUGCUGCAAGCCACGAGGACAUCCGAGACCUUCGAGGUCUGGCGGGCCUGCAGGACGGUCAGGGUAGUAACCCCAGCAGCAGCAACAGCAGCCAGGACUCGCUCAAUAAAGCAGCGAAGAAGAAGAGCAUCAAGUCUUCUAUCGGACGCCUCUUUGGGAAGAAGGAGAAGGGCCGACCGAGCAUUCCCAGCAAAGACUCUCCCAGCCAAGCUGGCACUCCUGAGGCAGAGGGCUCUCCGAAGGACGGCUUAGGAAUGGGGACCCUCGGAGGUCCUGCAGAAAAGAACAGGAAGCUGCAGAAGAAUCCAAAGACCGGGCAUGAACUACUGGAGGAGGCUCGCAGGCAGGGCCUUCCAUUCGCCCAGUGGGACGGACCGACCGUCGUGGUUUGGUUGGAGCUGUGGGUGGGCAUGCCGGCCUGGUACGUGGCUGCGUGCCGUGCCAACGUGAAGAGUGGAGCCAUCAUGUCGGCGUUAUCGGACACAGAGAUCCAAAGAGAGAUCGGCAUCAGCAAUCCGCUUCAUCGACUGAAACUACGCCUCGCCAUCCAGGAAAUCAUGUCCCUCACCAGCCCGUCGGCCCCGCCCACUUCCAGAACGACCACAGGAAACGUUUGGGUCACACAUGAAGAAAUGGAAACUUUGGCAGCCACGCCUCCCACGGAGGAUGACGAGGGUAGCUGGGCACAGACUCUGGCGUACGGAGACAUGAACCACGAGUGGAUCGGUAACGAGUGGCUGCCCAGCCUGGGUCUGCCUCAGUACCGCUCCUACUUCAUGGAGUCCCUGGUGGACGCCCGCAUGCUGGACCACCUCACCAAGAAGGACCUCAGGGGACAGCUGAAGAUGGUGGACAGCUUCCACAGGAACAGUUUCCAGUGUGGAGUGAUGUCUCUGAGGAGGCUGAACUACGACAGGAUGGAGCUGGAGAGGAGGAGAGAGACGUCUCAGAUUGAGCUUGCAGAAGUGCUGGUGUGGACGAACGAGCGUGUGAUCGGCUGGAUUCAGGCCAUCGGGCUUAAAGAGUACAGCGCAAACCUCUACGAGAGCGGAGUCCACGGAGCGCUCUUUGCUCUGGAUGAAACCUUUGACCACAACACCCUGGCCCUCCUGCUGCAGAUCCCCACGCAGAACACUCAGGCGAGGACGACUCUGGAGCGUGAAUACAACAGUCUGCUGUCCAUGGGCACAGACCGGAGGAUGGAAGAGGACGACGAUAAGAACUUCCGGCGAGCUCCCUCAUGGAGGAAGAAGUUUCGGCCCAAAGACAUGAGGGGGAUGCCGCUGGGCGCGUCCGACACCCUGCCCGCCAACUUCAGAGUGACCAGCAGCAGCGCGGCUUCAUCUCCCUCCACGCAGCCAAAGAGGAGCCCGAUGGACGGAAGUCAGUCUAUACAGAGGCUGGACACUGCCACAGUCAGGACCUACUCUUGUUAACACACAACGGUAAGUCCACUCUCCACCUCACAGACGUCCUCUCUCUCUCUCUCUCUCUCUCUCUCUCUCUCUCUC